CACAUCAGUCCAGUAGUAGCCGCCGAUAAAUUCGGUCGGGCGGGAAGUUCAAUCGAUAAAAACAGUUGAUAUCCGGCCGUUCUAGACUUGUCGAACAACUUGUUGCGUGUCGAAGAAAUCACGAUUCGGAGCGGAUACAGCCGGUCAUUAGCAAGUCUUUUGAAGGAUAAUUCUGGUGCCGUCUGAAAGAUAUUCUAUAUUGGAAGAGAAAACCUGAGGAACUUGUGUGAAAUAUGUUUAUUUUAUGUGGGAGUUAACACGACCAUGAAAGAAAAACGCAUGAUAAUAGCAGCCUUGUUAAUAAUUGAUGUAAUAACUGAGGGCGAACGGAAGACAAACCGAAGUUGAAGUGCAUUGAACUAUUAGGAUAUUCAAAAUUCAUAUCAGGUUCAAGGACCAUUAAAGAGGCGAAGAGCAAUUUUUUUUUUCUCAAAACUACGUCGAAUCAUCCUUAUCAGAGUUAUUGCCUCGCAUCGGAUUAGGCAGUGAUUUAUCAAAACCAAGCGUCCAAACAUCGUCGGGCGUGUUGGUACACACGGUAAACAACCAUGACGACUUCCAGUUUUCAAAAGUUUAUUCUACUGCUAUGGAAGAAUUGGAUCAUCGCAAAGCGACACUAUUUUCAAACAUUUUUCGAAAUCGCAAUACCUGUGAUUGCUUCCACAUUGCUCAUAUUGGUACGAGGACUGGUGGAUGCUGAACAAUUCAAAAAUGAUUUCAUAUUUCGACCGCUCGACUUGAGGGCGAUAACACAUUUAAGACUUAUUCCAAUGAAUCCACCGCUUCAGCACACAAUCGCGUAUUCGCCGGAAAAUGAGCUGCUAGAACGAAUAUUGGUACGUUCAAUUGGACUUCUUGACGAGACCUUGUUGAGCACGGCUUCGUUCAGCAACUCCAGUACAAUGCAGGCAUUUCUCCAGAACAAUAACCUCCUGGCUGGAAUCGAGUUUCCGGACUCAUAUGUGAACAUACAAUCCCUUCCGGAACAUGUGGAGUUCUCCGUUCGCUUCCCGGCGGAGAUGCGCACCUUCGUACAGGUCGGAACCGAGUUCUGGAACAACUGGCAAACCAAUCGACUCUUCCCACCGUUUGACACUCCCGGCCCGAGGAAUCCCAUGCGGGACGAUGCCGGCUAUCCGGCCAACUACUACUUCGAAACGUUCGCCCAGGUGCAGAGCGCCAUUUCCCAGUCCAUCAUAGUGGAACGCAACCCGGACGUGGUGAUACCUGAGGUGUUUCUGCGACGUUACCCUCAUCCGCCGUUCUACAGUGACCCGUUGCUGCUGGGUUUGGAAAAUCUGCUUCCGCUGAUUAUAAUCGUGGCAUUUUUCUACACAUGUAUCAACACGGUUCGAUACAUCGCCGUGGAGAAGGAGAAGCAGCUGAAGGAGGCAAUGAAGAUCAUGGGUCUUCGGAGUUGGCUACACUGGACCGCUUGGUUUGUGAAGACUAUGGUACUGCUGCUGGUUUCGAUUUCCUUGAUUACGGUUCUACUUUGCGUUAGUAUGACCAGCAAUACCGACUUGGCCGUGUUUACAUAUGCAGAAUGGUCAGUGGUUUGGGUUUACCUGUUAGUAUACAGUACAGCUACCAUUACGUUCUGCUUCAUGAUGAGUACAUUUUUCUCUAAAGCGAAUACCGCUGCUGGAAUCGCCGGUCUUAUGUGGUUCAUAUUCGUGAUGCCGUAUAACAUUGCGUUUUCCAACUACGAUACAAUGUCCUUGUCAGCGAAGUUAGCUCUGUGUUUGUUCCACAAUUCAGGAAUGUCGUUCGGGUUCAUGCUGAUGAUGCGCCACGAAGGCACAACAGCGGGAGUACAAUGGCAUAACUUAUUUAGUCCAGUGACCGUUGAUGACGACCUCAGUGUAGGAGCUACAAUGAUGAUGCUACUGGCAGAUUCGGUAAUUUAUCUUCUGAUAGCACUCUACGUGGAAAAAGUACUUCCCGGAGAAUUUGGCAUAGCUCAACCUUGGUAUUUUCCAUUUACGGUCAGUUUUUGGACAAAUAAAGUGGACAUUGCAGAUGACGCAAAUGGAAUCUUAGAAGCUUCCGAAUCCAGAGAACCGGAUCCAGUGGGGAAGCAUGCAGGCAUAAAAAUCAAGGGUCUGCGUAAAGCUUUCGAUAAAGAGAAGGUGGCCGUCAAAGGUCUACAUUUGAAUAUGUUUGACGAUCAGAUAACGGUGUUGCUUGGACAUAAUGGCGCAGGAAAAACCACAACGAUGUCGAUGCUGACAGGAGUGUUCUCGCCCACUUCAGGAACGGCUCUGAUAAAUGACUGCGAUAUUCGCACAAACAUUCAAGGUGCUCGUCAAUCUCUAGGUCUUUGUCCGCAACAUAACGUUCUGUUCAACGAGAUGACAGUUGCAGAGCACAUUGAAUUUUUCGCUCGAUUGAAAGGCGUUGAGAGAAAGAAUAUCGCUAGUGAGAUUCGUCAUUACGUUAAAAUACUGGAGUUGGACGACAAAAUCAAUUCGCAAUCCCACACUUUAUCAGGUGGAAUGAAGCGGAAAUUGGCUGUUGGAAUUGCUCUGUGUGGAGGGUCGAAAGUCGUACUGUGUGAUGAACCCACUUCUGGAAUGGAUCCAGCUGCUAGACGUGCACUUUGGGACUUAUUGAUCAUGGAGAAGAAUGGGCGAACAAUUCUGCUGUCUACGCAUUUCAUGGACGAAGCAGAUAUUCUUGGAGAUCGAAUAGCCAUCAUGGCUGAUGGGGAAUUGAAGGCUGUUGGUUCAUCAUUUUUUCUCAAAAAGAAAUUCGGCGUAGGCUACCGUCUUAUCUGUGUUAAAGGAGACGAAUGUGUUCCUCAAAAUGUCACCUCUCUGAUACAACGAUACAUUCCAAGCUGUGAGGUGGAUACCGACAUUGGAACAGAGCUCUCAUAUGUUCUAGAAGAGAACUAUACUAAUGUAUUUCAACCAUUGCUGGAAGACUUGGAAGAAAAUUCAGAGCAACUUCAUAUUAAUAGCUACGGAAUUUCACUGACAACAAUGGAAGAAGUGUUCCUCAAAGUUGGAAGCGAUUCAUUAUCUCAGGAGAAGCCAGAAAAUCAAACUAACGGUCACAUUUACGAAAAUGGAGCCAUAGGAUCCACUGUAACCAUUAACUUGGAUGAAAACGAAAAACUACUUUCUGGUGCUGCAUUGACAUUCAACCAAAUACAUGCGAUGUUUUUGAAGAAGUUCAUCUCAACGUACAGAGGAUGGAUUUCAAUGCUGGUUCAGAUUUUCAUUCCCAUAUUUUUCGUUAUCAUGACCAUAAUUAUUGUACGGACUUUCCCGGAUAAUGUUCAACUACCGACAUUGAGAAUCACACUCAAUGACUAUCUUCGAACAACUACUGUUCUUGAGGCAGCCACUAAUGAGCUGGAUGUCGUACACUCUUAUCAGAAACUAAUUCAACAGUACGGAAAGGACGCUCAACUUUUGACUAUCACGGAAUCAAUGAUCGACUACAUAUUGCGAAGGACAAUAGAAAACACACCGUUGGUAACGAACGAAUUUCUCGUUGGUGCAACCAUCGGCUCCGAUAACGUUACCAUGUGGUUUAAUUCGCAAGGGUUCCACACUGCACCAUUGGCUAUCAAUUUGUAUUACAAUGCCCUGCUAAGAUCGACGUGCCCUAGUUGUUCGAUAGAUGUCUCCAACAGACCUCUGCCAUUCCGGCCGGAAACACGGUUCACCCAGCUUCAGGCUGGCAAUAACAUGGGUUUCCAGCUGGCCUUCAACACUGGAUUCGCCAUGGCAUUCGUGGCAGCGUUGUACGUUUUGUUCUACAUCCGAGAACGAGUAUCCCGGGCCAAACUGCUGCAGUUCGUGAGCGGUGUUAACGUGUUUGCCUUCUGGAUGGUGUCUUUUUUGUGGGACUAUAUGACCUACAUCAUUACAGUUCUGUUCUACGUAGCAACACUUGCUGCGUUUCAGGAGGACGGCUGGUCAACGGCGGAAGAGCUUGGACGUGUCUUUCUGAUUCUGAUGGUCUUUGGAUUCGCAUUCUUACCGCUCACGUAUCUACUGUCAUUCCGUUUCGAAGUUCCGGCUAGUGGCUUUGUGAAAUUAAUGUUGUUGAACAUCUUUACGGGUAUAAUAUUUUUCAUGGCUGUGUUUCUUCUGCUGUUCGACGGUUUCGAUCUAGAGCAUGUUGCGCGUGGAUUGGAGUGGGGUUUCAUGAUUUUCCCAUUGUUUGCAUUAAGCCAUGCUUUGAGCAAUGUAAACAUUGCAUCGACAACUCUGCAGAUUUGCGAUGCUCAGUGCAGUAUUAUUCCAGGAUGCAACGAGCAAGUCAUUUGUGAACUGUUUCCGAACUGCUGUGGAGUUAAAAUAUUUUCUUUUGAUCCAACCGGGAUCAACCGAAACCUGUUGUUCAUGACUGGACUAGGAAUGGGAUGCUUUGCCAUUCUGAUGUUUGUCGAGUAUCGUGUGUUCAAUAAAUUAUAUGACAUCAUAACUACAAAGAAACCACCUCCGCUAUUGAAUCCAACAGACGUAGACUCGGAUGUUAUGACUGAAAAAGAACGUGUUCGACAAAUGACCAUGAAUGAGAUAAGUGCAACAAACCUUGUGCUUCGGGACGUUACCAAAUAUUACAAAUCAUUCCUCGCAGUGAAUCAAAUAUCUGUGUCAGUUGAACAUUCUCAAUGUUUUGGAUUGUUGGGUGUUAAUGGAGCCGGUAAGACUUCAACUUUCAAGAUGAUGACCGGCGAUGAGAACAUUUCCGCUGGAGAUGCUUGGGUUAGCGGAAUCAACUUGAAAACCGACAUGACCACAGUACACCAGCAGAUUGGAUACUGCCCACAGUUCGAUGCCCUAAUAGAUGACCUAACUGGGAGGGAAACAAUGAAAAUAUUCGCCCUGCUUCGAGGAGUGCCAAAAAAUGAGAUAUCCGCAGUUUCUAUGAAGCUUGCGGAGGAUUUAAACUUCAAAAAACAUAUCGAUAAACGCACCAAACAAUACAGCGGUGGAAACAAAAGGAAACUUAGCACUGCGCUGGCUUUGUUGGGAAAUCCAACUGUAGUUUACCUAGAUGAGCCUACGACCGGAAUGGAUCCCGGUGCCAAGCGCCAGUUGUGGGACGUGAUUUGCAGAGAAAGAAAUGCAGGGAAAUCCAUUGUGCUGACUUCUCAUAGUAUGGAAGAAUGUGAAGCGUUGUGCACCAAAUUAGCCAUCAUGGUCAACGGGGAGUUCAAAUGUAUAGGAUCAACGCAACACUUGAAGAACAAGUUCUCAAACGGUUAUUUCCUGACAAUAAAACUAAAGAAGAAGGCCACUGAAGAAGGGCCUGAAAAAGUAUCAGAAAUUAAAGCGUAUAUAAACGAUCAUUUUCCAGAUGCAGAGCUCAAGGAAGAAUACCUCGAAUCAAUCACCUAUCAGAUUCCAAAAUCUGAUGUUCGCUGGUCAACGAUGUUUGGACUAAUGGAGCAAGCCAAAACAGUGCUGGAUAUUGAAGACUAUGUACUGGGACAAACCACGCUCGAACAGGUGUUUUUGGCAUUCACAAAAUAUCAACGAGUAGUUGCGGACUGACAUCCGGUGAAUGUUAGCGAUGCGUAACACGAGACUGCAGAUCAACACGUGCAAAAAGAACCGAAUUCUGUACGGAACGAUACGUGGAAAACGAUUUGGUUACUGAAUUAAACGAAUGGCGAACAAGCUUUAUGGGAUAAAUCUAUUUCAUCAAUAAACAGACUUCAAGGCUAUCUCGAUAAAAAUAAUUUAAUAUUUAUUUGAAUAAAUGAAUCAGAAAUACAUAUGUACCAAGUCAUAGGGGAGACGCUGUUUCCGACCUUAUUACUGGAAAU